AUGAAGAAGAAAGAUCAAGGAGCGGUCACUAUUCCUUGUACCAUUGGAGAUAGGUCUUUCAACAAAGCUCUUAUUGAUCUAGGAGCUAGUGUGAGUAUCAUGCUGUUAUCCAUUUACAAGAAGCUUGGUAUAGGGGUUGUGCAAGAUACCAGGAUGACACUCCAGUUCUCCGAUCAUUCGGUCAAGAAACCGUAUGGUAUUGUUGAAGAUGUUCUAGUGAAAAUUGACAAGUUUGUAUUCCCGGUGGAUUUUGUAAUUCUAGAAAUGCCUGAAGAUGAAGAGAUCCCUCUCAUUCUUGGGAGACCCCUUUUAGAGACGGGAAAGUGCUUGAUCAACAUAGAAGAAAGGACUAUGACGUUGAAGGUUUAUGAUGAGGAAUUAAAGAUUGAUGUUUGA